AUGCUUGACUUGUUCAAUCUUCUCGGAUGGGGAGAAUUUUGGCAAGGAGAAGAUAUAGCGCUGACAACUUCAUCACGAUUAGUACAUGUAGUUAACAUCUCUCAGAGUCAACCCCCAUGGCUAGCUCGACCGCUUUAUGGCUUGGCAGCUCCAGCUAUUAUUCUUGUCACACUGGUCACAAAUUCGUUGGUGAUUGUAGUGCUUUCAAACAGGAAUCUCCGUACGCCCACGAAUCAUAUUCUGCUUUCGAUGGCGAUCACUGAACUGAUGACCGGUUUGUCCUCCUGUCCAUGGUUUUUGUAUUACUAUACCUUUGGUGGCCUAUAUGAAGACCAACAAUAUGGUCUGUCAGAUUUCUGGUGUAAAACACAUCCGUACUUCGCUGUUUACCUUCCAACAAUAGCCCUUACAUCGAGCUCAAUAAAAGUGUUUCAGCAAAUGUCAGGAUGCUUGACAUCGAACCGUCUCAUGCACGCUACUACACGCAUGUUGCUUGUCGUGAUAGCCAUCUUUUUACUAAUUGAAAUUCCAGUUGCACUUAUUUUUAUCAUGCACUUAUUAGUCGUAUUCUAUCGGCUUCUUGAUUUGAGCGACUACAAAACAAUCAACAACCUUCUGAUAGUAAGGUUCGGUCUUUUCUGCUCUACUGAAUAUCUUCGGUUGCUGACAAAAGAUCAGGCAAUCGCUGAUUUUAAACUUCUCUUACUUAUUUCGAUAUGUUUCAGAAAUUUCCUUAUAAUAUUGACGUAUCCGCUGAAUUUUGCUAUUUAUUUCGGCAUGAGCUCCUCAUUUAAGCUGCAGUUUCGACAACUAUUUUCACGUCAAGUACUGUACAUAGCAUCCCCAGCCGACGGUACAGGAUGGCGUCCUCGAUUUUCUGUUCAACUAAUUGAUAUUCAUAAAUUGCGAAGACCUAGUCAACUAGUUCGAAAAACGACGCAUCAAUACACCCAGAAAAGAAUGUCAGCGGCAGCAACAGAAGUUACAGCAAUGGCUGAUGAGUACCUUUAG